AUGGGCACCACAUACUCCAUGCCGCGGCUCUAUAGCUUUCCCAUUUGGAGCACCCGUGUUUUCGUUCGAGAUAGCCUGAAGGCGGUCUUCCCCGAUUUGGCGGAUCAAAUCGAUGCGAAAGUGGACCCUGGAGAGUACCGCGAGGCUUCGAAGGCGAGACCUCUGGCGGUGGCCUUCGUGACGUGCUACGGCAAGGGCACGGCCUCGGAUUUGGUGGCGCAGAUGCUGGUGGAGAGGAAAAGUCAGCCCAGCGUUCAACGCAACGUGGCCUUUGCGCUUUUCAGUGGAGCCUACUUGGGCAUAGGGCAACACUUCGUUUACAACGUGGCUUUCACGCGCAUCUUUGGUGCUGGCAUGGAUCUGCGAGUAGGCGUGCAGAAGGUCCUCGCGGAUCUCUUCUGCCAUGUGCCUUUCAUGUAUUUACCGCUCUACUACAUGUUCGAAGAUACCGCCUUGGGUGUUGGUAACCCACAGAGUGGUCUCCAACGAUGGUGGAAGGAGCUGCCAGGGACGAUGGCGGCGUAUUGCAAAAUUUUCCCAAUGUUUCAUCUCUUCAACUUCACCGUGACGCCUCCGGAACUUCGAAUUAGCUUGAUCGCGUGCGUCUCCUUCGUAUGGCUGGUGGUUCUGUCAUACAUCUCCCAUGAUGCAGUGGAACACCCAUCGCAUCAGGAGUGA